CUUCUCUCCUGACCUGCAGCUCAUAUCUCUUUCUCUCUCUCUAUCACUCUCCCUAUCUUUCUCUCUCUCUCUCUCUCUGUCUCUCUGUCAGGAUUUGCAGUGUUUCCUCCGCUGAUUAGGAACUUGUGUGUGCUAGCAGACAUGGCGAGUGGAGGGAUGCAGCUCCUGGGCUAUAUCCUGGCAUUUUUAGGCUUUGUGGGUUUGAUCAUCUCCACCACCAUGACAGAGUGGAAGAUGUCCUCAUAUGCAGGAGACAAUAUUAUCACAGCGCAGGCCGUGUAUGAGGGACUGUGGCAGUCCUGCGUGUACCAGAGCACCGGCCAGAUCCAGUGUAAAGUCUACGACUCGCUCCUGCAGCUACCCUUGGAGGUCCAGGCGGCUCGAGGGUUCAUGGUGUCGGGGAUCCUGCUGUGUGGCAUCGCCAUCCUGGUGGCCGCAGUGGGUAUGAAGUGCACCAAGUGCAUGGAAGACAACAUGGAGGUCAAAAGCAAAGUGGCCAUGGCUGGAGGAGUCAUAUUCGUCGUGGCAGGUGUCUGUGCUUUCAUUGCUACUAUCUGGUAUGGAGAUAACAUCAGACGGCAGUUCUUCAACCCCUUCACUCCGACAAACGCAAGGUACGAAUUUGGUAAAGCUCUAUAUAUUGGAUGGGGAUCGUGCUCUCUCACUGUGAUUGGCGGCAGCUUGCUGUGCUGUAACUGUGGCACGAAGAGUUCAGGAGGUCCAGCAAAACGUUACCCAGGGCCUCGUCCGAAAUAGCCCUCACAGCCCGGCUAACAUUUAACGUCAGCAGCCGCACGUGUGUUGCACAACAGUGGACACUGGACAAUCACUGGACAAUCAACACAAUUUUCAUACAAAUCUUUCUAGGUUAAAAUACCAAGAAACUUAAUUUUUUUUCACUUUCACUGCACACAUAAAUGUCAUUUUUAAACACAUAACUCCUUUUACAUAGAUUUUUCCCCAAACAUAUCCAUUAUUACUGGAUGAUGACAUGCUAACUGUUGCAUGUAAUGUUGUAAUGUAAUGUUUAAAGUCAAGGAUUUUUUUUUUUUAUACAAGAUGUGUUUUUACUUAGUUUAGUGGCUAUACAUAGUCUUUUUUCUUUCUCUUGAAGUUAGCAAACAAAACAAAACUAACAAAAAAAAAAAACACAGCUUGUCAUGUUUUUGAGAAAAAUCCUGAAGACUUUCCUCUGGUGGAAAACCUUCUGUUAAUAAAUUCUGGCAAUGGAGACUCCUUCAAUAAAUGUUACUUAAAUAUCCUCUUAACAACUUGAUAUUAGGUUUACAUGAAUUCUUGUGUGAGUCAUUACUAUAACAACAGUUCUGUGUAAGAACAUGCAUUCAUAUAAACCUCUCCUGACCAAUCGGAAUCCAGAAUUCUUGCAUCUCUGAGACACAAGUUCAUGUGAAUUGUUUUGUAAAGUAUAACAUUUUGAUGAAGAUGUUUUUUGUGUCUCAAAUUAAUCGAAUACAAUUUUGCUUUUCUACAA